UUAGGGAGGCCGGAGAGCUGCAAGGUUGCGACGGGCUGCGGCAUCAUGGUGGGUGCGGAGAAGGAGCAGAGCUGGAUCCCUAAGAUCUUCAGGAAGAAAAUCUGCACGACGUUUAUAGUUGACCUCGCAGAUCCUGGAGGGACCUUGUGCCAGUGUGGGCAUCCGCGGAGUGCUCACCCGUCAGUGGCUGUGGAGGAUGCGUUUGGGGCAGCUGUGGUGACGGUGUGGGACAGUGGUGUGCACACUACGGAGAAGCCCACAGACGCCUACGGGGACCUGGACUUCGUGGGCUCUGGCCGCAAGCACAGCAAUUUCCUCCGGCUCUCUGACCGCACAGAUCCAGCAACAGUUUAUAGUCUGGUCACCCGCACCUGGGGCUUUCGUGCCCCGAACCUGGUGGUAUCAGUGCUGGGGGGGUCGGGGGGCCCCGUCCUCCAGACCUGGCUGCAGGACCUGCUGCGACGUGGGCUGGUUCGGGCUGCCCAGAGCACAGGGGCCUGGAUUGUCACUGGCGGACUGCAUACAGGCAUCGGCCGGCACGUAGGUGUGGCUGUGCGAGACCACCAGACAGCCAGCACUGGGGGCAGCAAGGUGGUGGCCAUGGGUGUGGCCCCCUGGGGUGUAGUCAGGAAUAGAGACUCCCUCAUCAACCCAAAGGGCUCCUUCCCUGCAAGGUACCGGUGGCAUGGAGACCCUGAGGACGGGAUUGAGUUUCCCCUGGACUACAACUAUUCUGCCUUCUUCCUGGUGGACGAUGGCACGUAUGGCCGCCUGGGUGGUGAGAACUGCUUCCGCCUGCGCUUUGAAUCCUACGUGGCACAGCAGAAGACUGGCGUGGGAGGGACUGGAAUUGACAUCCCUGUCCUCCUCCUCCUGAUUGAUGGUGAUGAGAAGAUGUUGAAGAGGAUAGAGGACGCCACCCAGGCUCAGCUCCCCUGCCUCCUGGUGGCUGGUUCUGGGGGUGCUGCUGACUGCCUGGCGGAGAUCCUGGAAGACACUCUGGCACCAGGGAGUAGGGGAACCAGGAGAGGUGAAGCCCAAGAUCGGAUUAAGCAUUUCUUCCCCAAAGGGGACCCUGAGGUCUUGCAGGCUCAGGUGGAACGGAUCAUGACCCGGAAGGAGCUGCUGACAGUCUACUCAUCCGAGGACGGCUCUGAGGAGUUCGAGACCAUUGUGCUGCGGGCCCUUGUGAAGGCCUGCAGGAGCUCCGAGGCCUCCGCAUACCUGGAUGAGCUUCGUUUGGCUGUGGCUUGGAACCGCGUGGACAUUGCCCAGAGUGAACUUUUCCGGGGGGACAUUCAAUGGCGGUCCUUCCACCUGGAGGCCUCCCUCAUGGAUGCCCUGCUGAAUGACCGGACUGAGUUUGUGCGUCUGCUCAUCUCCCACGGCCUCAGCCUGGGCUACUUCCUGACCCCGAUGCGCCUGGCCCAGCUGUACAGCGCGGCGCCCCCCAACUCACUCAUCCGCAGUCUUCUGGACCAGGCAUCCCAUGGCGCCGGCGCCAAAGCCCCAGCUGACGAGCUCCGCCUUCCUCACGUGGGGCAAGUGCUGAGGACACUUCUGGGGGAGACGUGCGCCCCGAAGUUCCCCGCCAUGGAUGCCCAGGACCCCCACAACGGCCAGUACUGCAAGGAGAGCGUGUGUCUGCUCUCAGACUGGGCCGCCUCGCACCCCUCACAGGACGCUGGCUUUGGACAGGCCCCCUGGAGUGACCUGCUGCUUUGGGCUGUGUUGCUGAACAGAGCCCAGAUGGCCGUGUACUUCUGGGAGAAGGGCUCCAAUUCUGUGUCCUCAGCCCUUGGGGCUUGUUUACUGCUCAGAGUGAUGGCGCGUAUGGAACCAGAGGCUGAGGAGGCAGCGCGGCGGAAAGACCUGGCGGCCAAAUUUGAGGGCAUGAGUGUUGACCUCUUUGGGGAGUGCUACCACAACAGUGAGGAACGGGCUGCCCGCCUACUCCUCCGUCGCUGCCCCCUCUGGGGAGAUGCCACCUGCCUCCAGCUUGCCAUGCAGGCUGAUGCCCGUCCUUUCUUUGCCCAGGAUGGGGUGCAGUCUCUGCUGACACAGAAGUGGUGGGGAGAGAUGGACAGCACCACACCUAUCUGGGCCCUGGUUCUCACCUUCUUUUGCCCCCCACUCAUCUACACCAACCUCAUCACCUACAGAAAACCAGAAGAGGAGCCCAUGCAGAAGCACCCCAACUUCAACAUGGAUAGGGGCCUCAAUGGGGAAGGGCCUAUUGGGCCUGCGGACACCUCUGAGAAGGUGCCCCUUGGGAGGCCGCAGCAGCGUGGUCGCAGAGGCUGCUGUGGUGGCUGCAGCUGGGGCAGGUGUCUGCGCCGCUGGUCGCACUUCUGGGGGGCGCCGGUGACAGCCUUUCUGGGCAACGUGGUCAGCUACCUGCUCUUCCUGCUGCUCUUCGCACGAGUGCUGCUCAUCGACUUCCAUCCGGAGGUGCCCAGGCCGCUGGAGCUGCUGCUGUACUUCUGGGUGUUCACCCUGCUCUGCGAGGAACUCCGCCAGGGCCUGGGUGGCGGCUGGGGCAGCCUGGCCAGCGGGGGACCCGGGCCCGGCCAGGCCCCACUGCGCCACCGCCUGCACCUCUACCUCUCUGAUGCCUGGAACCAGUGUGACCUGUUGGCACUCACCUGCUUCCUGCUGGGGGUGGGCUGCAGGUUGACUCCGGGCCUGUACGACCUGGGCCGCACUGUCCUCUGCCUCGACUUCAUGAUCUUCACCCUGCGGCUGCUGCACAUCUUCACGGUGAACAAACAGCUCGGACCCAAGAUCGUCAUUGUCAGCAAGAUGAUGAAGGACGUGUUCUUCUUCCUCUUCUUCCUUGGGGUGUGGCUGGUUGCUUACGGGGUGGCCACAGAGGGGCUCCUGAGGCCCCAGGACCGUGACCUCCCGAAUAUCCUGCGUCGAGUCUUCUACCGGCCCUAUCUGCAGAUCUUUGGACAGAUUCCCCAGGAGGACAUGGACGUGGCCUUCAUGGAACACAUGAACUGCACCUCGGAGCAGGGAGCAUGGGCGCGCCCGUCGGGGGCCAGCGCGGGCUCCUGCGUGUCCCUGUAUGCCAACUGGCUGGUGGUGCUGCUCCUCGUGGUCUUCCUGCUGGUGGCCAACAUCCUGCUGCUUAAUUUGCUCAUUGCCAUGUUCAGCUACACGUUUGGCAAAGUACAAGGCAAUAGCGAUCUCUAUUGGAAGGCACAGCGUUAUAGCCUCAUCCGGGAAUUCCACUCUCGCCCUGCGCUGGCCCCACCCCUCAUCAUCAUCUCCCACGUGCGCCUUCUCAUCAGGCGACUGCGGAGGUGUCGCAGGGCCCGUCCUGCCACCCCAGCUGAGGAGCACUUUCGUGUCAUCCUCUCCACGGAAGAUGAGAGGAGGCUGAUGACGUGGGAGUCAGUGCACAAGGAGAAUUUCCUGCUGGCCCGUGCGCGGGACAAGCGGGACAGCGACUCUGAGCGUCUGAAGCGCACGUCUCAGAAGGUGGACACAGCACUGAAGCAGCUGGGGCAGAUCCGCGAGUAUGACCGGCGUCUGAGGGGGCUGGAGCGAGAGGUCCAGCACUGUACUCGCGUCCUGGGUUGGGUGGCCGAGGCCCUGAGCCGAUCUGCCUUGCUGCCCCCAGGAGGCCCGCCGCCCCCAACACCGCCUGGGCCCAAAGACUGAGGGUCGCUGGUGAACUUCAAGGAGCAGUGCCCCCUCCAGGGAGGUUUCCUCCUAGAGUGAGGCCCAGCUAGCCUCAACCUGAGCACCUGGUGGCCUUGUCCCUGACGUGGACCCCAUGCUCAUGGACUACAGCUGGGUCACCAUUGGAACCACCUUCAGAAUGUCAUCCAGGGGGACCACGACAGGCCCAGCUCCUCCCAGAGCAGCCCCCCUCUGGGCCGGUGGAGUACCAGAACCUGAGCUGUUGCCCUGCUUCAGCAGAGGGAGGCUGGAGGGUUUUUGGGGGUAGAGGGACCACAGACCCUAUUCAUAUCUCCCCACAGUGGGGAAAUAAAGCCAGCUCAGAUGGGUACUGGAUUCUGAUUCCUAGGGUCGGUGUCUAGGCCCUCUGGGAGGGUCUGGAGCUAGGCAGGUGGGUUGGGGAUCCUUGGUGGAUUUACCACUCUAUCACAAAUACCUGGGGGUCUGCCCUU